AACUUACAGCAUGACAACAUGAAGAAACACAAGAAAGAGGCUUCUCAGUAUGCUAGCAGGCAGCAGCUAACCGAAGCAGAGCUUCGUCGUCUGAAGUAACUUGCCAAAAAUAGUUUUUCUUGCUUACAACCCGUAUUUGUUUAGUUAACUAAUAAUUGUAUGUGCAGCAGUAGUGUGCGCUGAGGCGCUAGCUUCUCUGUAAAAGCAGUGAACCUGCCAGCAGACUAGUUUACGGUAAUACUGCUAGCCUGACAGCUAAUACUGUAGUUGGCCAGCUGCUUUCUGCUGCUAAGCAUCCAUGAAGAAACCCCACCGUGGCUUCAAUGCUGUAAACAAGACCGGCCAGCUUGUCUCGAGUUAACAUUAGCUAGUGGGCUCCUUGUCUAAGAAAGAACACAACAGAAUGACAGAGGAUGCCGUCUUGCUGAACGUGCCUGUCAUUCGGCAGCUCUUCCACUGGGACUGUGGGUUAGCCUGCUCCAGGAUGGUCCUGAAGUACCUCCAUCCAGUCAGUGAUGAGGAGUUUCAGAGAGCAUGCUGGGAGCUCCAGUUGACAGAGAGUGUGUGGACUAUUGACCUGGCCUACCUCAUGUGCCAUCUAGGAAUCAAACACUGCUUUUUAACGCAGACCUUGGGUGUUGAUAAGGGCUUUAGGAAUCAGUCCUUCUAUAAGAAACACUUUGAUACAGAAGAAGACAGAGUGAAUGAGCUCUUCCUAAAAGCAGAGAGCAAAGGUGUGGUGGUAAAAAAAUGCUCUGUGACAGUUCAGGAAAUCCAGGCUCAUCUGGAGCAUGGCCACGUUGCCAUAGUGCUGGUCAACGCUGUUGUCUUGACAUGUGAACUGUGCUCCUCGCCUGUCAAAUACUGCUGCUUCCUGCCUGUGGGCCAGAAGUGUUUCUGCAGGAAGCCAGAGUACCAGGGCCACUUUGUGGUAUUGUGUGGCUUCAACAGGACCACUGGCUGUGUUUUCUACAACAACCCUGCAUAUUCAGACCGGGUGUGCUGCACAAGCGUCGGUAACUUUGAGGAGGCUCGGCGGAGCUAUGGGACAGAUGAGGAUAUCCUGUUGGUCUUUAAGGAGAGUUGAUGGACAGUGAGGAUGGGUUUGGAGUUCACUCUUCCUCAGCUCAUCAUUGUAGUGGUCUUCUGAUGCUGCAGGUUCGACAGUCUCGGACUUGUGGCUCCCCCUGGUGUCAGUUGUCGCAGAUCCCCUGGGCCCUCCUCUCCGGUGCUAAUAAGCCCAACUGACGACAUGACUGCUGCAGAUUCACCGCUCGUAUUCCCUCCUACACAGUCAGUACCACGCGACCCGUAAAAUAUCAGCCGCUGGGAGUUUGAAUAGUCUAAGUUGAAUUAAUUUUUUUAAUCCACUUUUUUUGAGAUAAGCAGAUAGUUCAAAUGUAUUUUAUUGCAUCUUUGUUGAAUUUGAAUGACCCAUAUUGGAGCUGUUGAAAUCUCAAAGUGUGAGUAUUUCAGAUCUGUGAAACUGCAGUGGAUAAAAUGUGGGACUUAUGACUAAUAGAAUAGGAAUUACCAGGAAAUAGUGUGCGCAUAUUUCAGGGCUGAUGACAACAUUUUAGUGUAUCUAAUUUAUUUGUUCUGUUAAGUGUUGAAGUCCUUAAGAGGCUCAUCAGCCACCACCAGCCUCACCUCCACUUGCCUUUUUUAAAAGAAAUCCUUGCAACUCACUUCUCCGUCACCUUUUAUUCUCAUUAUUUAUCGACAGGGAAUACAGGAAGUAGUUUUGUGAGUCUCAGGUAAUUUUUGCUCUAAAGUGUGACAUGUGUCAAAUGACAACUAGUUCAAUGCAAAAGCCCAAAGUUGGUCUGUGGAACUCAAUCUGCCUUUAGAAGAACAUGGACAAUGGAUUGACUGAAACAUGAACUCAUCAGUUUCAUUCACUUAACUUGAGAGAAAAGAAACAGCUUGGUGUUUUGGUGCCCCGGCAACAUGCUGGAUAGAGAGUAGUGGCAGUACAAAGAGUAAUUCUGACUCAUGUUCUCUGUUGUGAAGACUAGGUCGUUUCCUCAUUGUCACUUAUUUUGGUAUUGCGUAUAUGUUUUUGCACUACACUUCAAACCAGACAUAAUUAUGUGUUAUUUAAAUAAAUAAAUGACCAUGUAAUUGCUUUUCUGAAUAAAUAGAAAAUUAUGUAU